AUGUCCAAGGAGGAGGUGAUCGCCGGCGGCGACACGGCGGACGUGGCCGUGGAGAAGGCGCCGUACUGGGACCCGCCGCCGGCACCUCUGCUGGACACGAGCGAGCUGACCCGCUGGUCGCUGUACCGCGCGGUCAUCGCCGAGUUCGUGGCCACGCUCAUCUUCCUCUACGUCAGCCUCGCCACCGUCAUCGGCUACAAGAGCCAGUCGUCCGUCCAGGCCUGCACCGGCGUGGGGUACCUCGGCGUCGCCUGGGCCUUCGGCGCCACCAUCUUCGUCCUCGUCUACUGCACCGGCGGCGUCUCAGGUGGCCACAUCAACCCGGCGGUGACGUUCGGGCUGUUCGUGGGGAGGAAGCUGUCGCUGGUGCGCACGGUGCUGUACAUCGUGGCGCAGUGCCUCGGCGCCAUCUGCGGCGCCGGCAUGGUGAAGGGCAUCGCGGGGGCCAGCUACGAGACCCUCGGCGGCGGCGCAAACACGGUGGCCGACGGCGUCUCGGUCGGGGCGGGGCUCGGCGCGGAGAUCGCCGGCACGUUCGUGCUGGUGUACACCGUGCUCUCCGCCACCGACCCCAAGCGCACCGCGCGCGACUCCUUCAUCCCCGUGCUGGUGCCGCUGCCCAUCGGCUUCGCCGUGUUCAUCGUGCACCUGGCCACCAUACCCAUCACCGGCACCGGCAUCAACCCGGCCAGGAGCCUCGGCGCCGCCGUCAUGUACAACCAGCACAAGGCAUGGAAGGACCACUGGAUAUUCUGGGUAGGGCCGCUCCUGGGCGCGACAGUGGCUGCGUUGUACCACCGGUUCGUGCUGCGCGGCGAGGCCGCCAAGGCGCUGGGCUCGUUCAGGAGCACCGGCGCCGCCACCGCACGAACCUAA